CCGAACACCCGUUGCUUCUUCAGCUCCGCCACAUCUCUCCACAUCUCUCUCUCUCUCUCUCUCUCUCUCGGCGCACCGCAACACCACCUCUCUUUCUCUCUAGCAGCGCGUGGUCGGACAUGGCAGCCUGUGUGGACAAGUGGAACCCAGCAUACUCCUGCCACCGCAUCUCCCGAUCCAUCUACCGCUUCAUGCCGGACUGCACCGUCACCGCACCGGCGGGCGCGCCCGUGAACGGGAACGGCGGCGAUGAAGUCUGGGAGGAGCUGUACGGCGAGGCGCAGGCCGACGCGCAGGACGAGCCGCUGCUGGGCAUGUUCUACUCCGAGCUCGUCCUGUCGCACCCGUCGCUGGAGGCCGCCCUCGCGGCGCACCUGUCCGCGAAGCUCUGCAUCCCGGGCGCGCUGCCGCAGGACGCGCUCCGGGACAUCCUCGCUGGCGCGCUGGCGGCACACCCGGAGGCGAGCCAGCACACGCGUGCCGACCUCCUCGCGGCGCGGGACCGCGAUCCGGCCUGCGCCAAGAUGGUCCACUGCUUCCUCUACUACAAGGGCUUCCUCGCCCUGCAGGCCCACCGCGCCGCGCACGCGCUCUGGUCCGAGGGCCGCCGCCCGCCGGCCCUGCUCCUCCAGAGCCGCGCCUCGGAGGUGUUCGGCGUCGACAUCCACCCCGGGGCGCGCAUUGGCGGGGGCAUCCUGCUCGACCACGCCACGGGCGUCGUCAUCGGCGAGACGGCGGUCAUAGGCGACGACGUGUCUAUCCUGCACGGCGUGACGCUGGGCGGCACGGGGAAGGCAUGCGGCGACCGGCACCCCAAGGUCGGCGACGGGGUUCUCAUCGGCGCCGGGGCCAGCGUUCUGGGAAAUGUGCGCAUUGGCGAUGGAGCCAAGAUCGGCGCGGGCGCGGUCGUGCUUAGAGAUGUGGCGUGUGGAACCACGGCCGUCGGAAACCCGGCGAAGCCGAUCGGGAAGAAGGCGGCGCCGUCGCUCCGGCCAGAGGAGCAACCAGGGGUGACCAUGGAGCAGAGGUGGUCGGACUACGUCAUAUGAAGUUCGUGUUACGUGUUUAGUGCAAGCAAGAGAUUUUCCCUCCAAAUGAUUGACUACACUUAUCCCAGAGCUCAGUUAGACAUUGAGCAUGGAUCAGUCACAUACUAUCUUCUUUGUUUUUUUAAUGAAAUAAUGACAAAUUCUAGUAAAUCAUCUACCCCUCCGUUGCAGAAUAUAAGAAUAUAAGAUGUAUUGAUUUC